CAUCAAAGCAGACGAAUCAAGGGGAAAGGUGAGAAAGAUGAACCCUUUGAGUUGAAAGCGCAAUGGCAAUAGUCUUUACUGUUUAGCCCAGUUUACAGACGAAAGCAAGUAUAAAAUAUCAAAUGAGAAAUAGGUGGAGAGAGCAUCAAAGGUGCAAACUUUGAGCAAUGGAAUUGGAUGAAUGGGAGCUGACUGCGGAAGAACUGGAUUCCCUUGAACGAGAUGCUCUCCAGAAGAUUGCUCAGCAACGGGUCUCCACUUCUUCUAAUCAGAACCAGCAGCCGCAGCCUACGCCACACCAAUCUUUUCCUUCUUCUGUUGGCAACAAUUACAGCAGCAACAGACCAAACCCUUCUUCUUCAUCCUCAUUGGCAGAAUGUUCACCCAGGAAAUUGCCCUCUUCAAUUAUGCCUAAAGCAAACACUGAAGAUGAUUGUUCCAAGAAUCAGCAAAAGUUUUCCGUCAAAUUUUUUCUUCAUGCCACGGGAAACAUGGCUGCAAAAUUUCCAUAUAAUCCAGUGGUAGUGGGUGCUUUUCGAAAUAUCCCUAAAGCCACUUGGAAUGCAAAAGAAAGGUUAUGGGUGUUCCCUUUAUCUUCAUUAUCAACAGCAGAAAAAGUUCUCAGUGAAAUCUCUGAUUUUAAAGUUGAGGUAGAGAACUUAUAUUCAUUGGUGCAUCAUGCGAUUCUUGCUGCCUCUGCAGUUCCAGAUCUUCAAGACCGGUAUGACAGGAUCCCCAACUGCAUUGAAUCAAAGCUUCUCCCAUUUCAACGAGAUGGUAUUAGAUUUAUCCUGCAGCAUGGAGGUCGUGCACUUCUAGCAGAUGAAAUGGGGCUAGGAAAAACUUUACAGGCUAUAGCUGUAACUACUUGUAUUCGUGAUUCUUGGCCUGUGCUAAUACUUACCCCGUCUUCUUUGCGUUUGCACUGGGCUUCAAUGAUACAACAAUGGCUGAACAUUCCUCCAUCAGAUAUAGUGGUUGUUUUGUCUCAAUCAGUUGGAUCAAACAGAGGUGGAUUCACAAUAGUAUCCUCAAGUAGUAAGCGCUGUAUUCAUCUUGAUGGCUUGUUCAACAUUGUCUCUUAUGACUCAGUCCCUAAGUUGCAAGAUGUUUUAAUGGCAUCAGAGUUUAAGGUUGUUAUUGCAGAUGAGUCUCACUUUCUCAAAAAUGCUCAAGCAAAGAGGACAUCUGCUUCUGUUCCAGUUAUAAAGAAAGCCAAAUAUGCAAUACUUCUUACUGGAACACCUGCUUUGUCCCGACCGAUUGAGCUGUUCAAGCAGCUGGAAGCCUUGUAUCCUGAUGUGUAUAAGAAAGUUUAUGAAUACGGUGAACGAUAUUGCAAAGGCGGAAUAUUUGGAAUUUAUCAAGGAGCAAGUAACCAUGAAGAGUUGCACAAUUUGAUGAAGGCAACAGUUAUGAUCCGCAGACUCAAAAAGGAUGUUCUUUCUCAGCUUCCUGUGAAGCGUAGGCAACAGGUCUUCCUAGAUUUGGCUGAAAAGGAUAUGAAACAGAUCAAUGCUUUGUUUCGUGAGUUGGAGGUGGUAAAAGGCAAAAUUAAGGCCUGCCAAUCAGAAGAAGAAGUGAAAGCACUUAAACUUGUUGAGAAGAAUCUUAUAAAUAAGAUUUAUACUGAAUCUGCAGAAGCCAAGAUCCCAUCAGUUCUGGAUUUUCUAGGAACAAUGGUUGAGGCAGGCUGCAAAUUUCUAGUAUUUGGACAUCAUCAACCCAUGAUUCAUUCAAUACAUCAAUUUCUCCUUAAGAAGAAAGUCGGUUGCAUUCGUAUUGAUGGUUCUACACCUGCAUCCUCCAGGCAAGCUUUGGUUACUGAUUUUCAGGAGAAAGAUACUAUCAAGGCAGCAGUUCUAUCCAUCAAAGCUGGAGGAGUGGGUUUAACUUUGACAGCAGCAAGCACUGUUGUCUUUGCAGAGUUAUCUUGGACUCCAGGCGACCUGAUUCAAGCUGAAGAUCGCGCUCAUAGGAUUGGCCAGGUCUCAUCUGUAAACGUAUACUACCUGCUAGCAAAUGACACGGUCGAUGAUAUAAUAUGGGAUGUUGUUCAGAGCAAGUUGGAAAAUUUGGGACAGAUGCUUGAUGGCCAUGAGAAUGCCCUGGAAGUUUCAGCCAGCCAAAAACAUUGCAGUCCAGCAAAGCCAAAAACCUCGGCCAGCCAAAACCAAUUCAGUCCAGCAAAGCGGAAAAACACAGCCAGCCAAGAGCAAUGCAGUCCAUUAAAGCAGACAACUCUUGAUUGUUUCAUGAAGCGUUGUAACAACUGAUGAUGAAGACCAGGGUAAGCUCAAACACCCCAGGCACUGAGCCACAUAUCCACAAAGUAGUGUACUAACAAGCAUAGCAAAGCUAUGACAUGUACAGUCAGAUGUAAGUUUCAACAUUUGGAAACGCUGUGAACAUAUUUGAUCAGUUAAUGAGCACUCUGUAAUCAUUAUAAUAUCAUGAAAUUGAGGUUUGUGCUCCCCCGUGUAUCCUCUGUUCCAUAGUUGGAGUUGAUACAAAUACGUUUAUUAACCUGUGAUUGAUGCUUUUGGUGGUCUGUAGGUAAAGGGAUCCUCCCAAUUAAAGGAUAACACUCAUGAGGAAUAUUCAUGAAAUACUCAGUAAACUCGAUCAUGGCCGUGGGAUUUUAGUGGAAAUUUUUUCAAUCAUUUAGAAUUCAGCAUCACUGACAAAUAUUCCUGGCGGCGAUGUUGCCAUGUCUCUAUUGUUUUAACUGCCAUAUCUCAAGCUCGAGUUUGACAAUAAUAUUU